UGUGUAGUGGUCUGUUUAAUCAGUUCUCACUGCUCGGAACCAUCAAACCAUUCCAGGAAGGACGCGCCAGAAAAACUGACGACAGGUUAUUUAUUUUCUAGUUGAACUCUUUUGGAAAUACCUGAAUCAAACGGACAAAUUCGAUUUUAGCAUCGAUCACACAUAGAACAAACAUAGUUUGAUUUUCAAAAUAAUGCCACAGCGCUCGUCUUGUGGGAGGGGUUAGUAUCUGCGACAGGUAACUCUCGUCAUCUAUACACCUGCGACAGGUUCUGAAUCCGGCUCACUUUCCUCUUUCGGACACGAUCAUGAAGUUACCGUUCUUGCUGUUAGGUUUUGCCUUGGUGUGUAGUAUGGGCAUCACUGGCUACAUCCACUUCAGACGCAAACAGGAGAUCCACCUGAAUAAACAAGCUUCUUUUCUAGAUAUUAAGUUCAGAGUGUCUAGGGAUGUUCUGGGAGAAUAUCAGGAUCAGUUGAUCCAAUCCAAUUCACUGCUGGACAAGAUAAAGCAAGAGGUGGAUAAUCUAAGCAAAGAGCUGUCUGAAGCCAAGACCUUAGUAGGGAAGAAAAUAGCAGAAGUAGAUACCUGUAAAGGAGACAAGAAACGAAUCACAGAUGAAAUAGCUGCUUCACAGACAGAGAAGACAAAUAACCAGAAUGAGAUUGUCAAGGAGAAGUCCCAAUGGAUCGAGGAGAUAUCUUCUCUAAAAAGACAAAUGCAGGAGUAUAGCAGCCUUUGUGACUAUAUUGACAAGACAUCUGAGGAGGGAAGGAAACUGUGUGGCAUAAGUGAACAGCCAAAACCAAAGUCCGUGGAACAGAAAGAAGCUGAGGAACCGAAAGCUGAGGAACCCAAAGCUGAGGAACCCAAAGCUGAGGAACCCAAAGCUGAGGAACCCAAAGCUGAGGAACCCAAAGCUGAGGAACCCAAAGCUGAGGAACCCAAAGCUGAGGAACCCAAAGCUGAAGAACCCAAAGCUGAAGAACCCAAAGCUGAAGAACCCAAAGCUGAAGAACCCAAGUAGUUGUGGCAUUAGUAAAAAGUGCAAGUGUUUUGUGUGCGAGAGAAAGAGAGAUAGAAAUACCACGUCAGCGACUAUUGGAGAAUUGUAUUGGGUGGAUUAGCUAAACCUGACUGCCUUGCCUGGGUUGAUCUGCAGCAUUUCUUAAGCAACCCUGAAAGGGCAAGGACACACACUUAGUGAUAUGCACACACACACACAUACACUUGAAUUUUUUACAGAUGAGUGUCAUAUUCCUGUCAUGUUUUAUGUCAAAUAAAUGUCUGGUUUAUGAGGGAUUUUGGAGGAUACUGGUGGAUGGACCAUCAGGUUGAGUGAAAUGGCUUGUAUCAGCUGAAUUUCGUUGUCCUUCAUCUAACACAAUUCAAUUAUCAUAAAAAAAAAAAAGGUAUUUAAAUAUUUGUAAAAUCUUUUUGAAAAAAAAAAGAUUUUUUUUUAAAUCUGUUCUCCCCCCCCAUUUUUUUUUUAUAAUUAAAAAAAAAAAAAAAAGUCAAGUAAUUGCAAUUAAAAAUGGAAAAGAAAAUGGAAUUAAAGUGUACAGUGAAACUUUUAAA